AUGGAGCUGGGAGGGGCCUUCACCAUCUUUCUGGCACUCUCCUUGUCUUGCCUACUUAUCCUCAUUGCCUGGAAAAGGAGACACAAGGGGGGGAAGCUGCCCCCUGGUCCCACACCAAUACCUUUCCUGGGGAACCUGUUGCAAGUCCGUACUGAUGCCACUUUUCAGUCUUUCAUGAAGCUCAGGGAGAAGUAUGGCCCAGUCUUCACUGUGUACAUGGGUCCACGGCCUGUAGUUGUUUUGUGUGGACAUGAGGCAGUGAAGGAGGCCCUGGUAGACCGAGCUGAUGAGUUCAGUGGCCGUGGAGAACUGGCUUCAAUAGAGCGAAACUUCCAAGGUUAUGCUCUGGCUAAUGGAGAACGAUGGAGGAUUCUCCGACGCUUCUCCCUGACCAUUCUUCGGGACUUCGGGAUGGGAAAACGGAGCAUUGAGGAGCGGAUCCAGGAGGAGGCUGGCUUCUUACUAGAAGAAUUACGGAAGACCAAGGGUUCCCCCAUCGAACCCACCUUCUUCCUGAGCCGCACUGUCUCAAAUGUCAUCAGUUCUGUCGUCUUUGGAAGCCGCUUUGACUAUGAAGACAAGCAGUUCCUGAAGCUGCUGCAGAUGAUCAAUGAGAGUUUCAUUGAGAUGAGCACACCCUGGGCCCAGCUAUAUGACAUGUAUUCUGGAGUCAUGCAAUAUUUGCCAGGAAGACACAAUCGCAUCUACUACUUGAUAGAGGAGCUCAAGGACUUCAUUGCCUCGAGGGUCAAGAUCAACGAAGUAUCUCUUGACCCACAAAACCCUCGGGACUUCAUUGACUGCUUCCUCAUCAAGAUGCACCAGGAUAAAAAUAAUCCCCACACGGAGUUCAAUCUCAAGAACUUGGUCCUCACCACUCUCAACCUCUUCUUUGCGGGCACAGAGACUGUGAGCUCUACACUACGUUAUGGAUUGCUGCUAAUGAUGAAGCAUCCUGAGGUGGAAGCCAAGAUCCAUGAAGAGAUUGACCAGGUGAUUGGACCACACCGAAUCCCAAGUGUGGAUGACCGAGCCAAGAUGCCCUACACAGACGCUGUGAUCCAUGAGAUACAGAGACUGACAGAUAUCGUACCCAUGGGUGUCCCCCAUAAUGUCAUCCGGGACACUCAUUUCCGAGGCUACCUUCUGCCCAAGGGCACCGAUGUGUUCCCUCUACUUGGCUCUGUCCUCAAAGACCCCAAAUACUUCUGCAACCCAGAUGCCUUCUAUCCCCAACACUUCCUGGAUGAGCAGGGCCGCUUCAAGAAGAAUGAAGCCUUUGUACCUUUUUCCUCUGGAAAGCGCAUCUGCCUGGGCGAGGCCAUGGCCCGCAUGGAACUCUUUCUCUACUUCACCUCCAUCCUUCAGAACUUCUCUUUACACCCGCUGGUGCCGCCCGAUGACAUAGAUAUCACACCCAGGGUCUCAGGCUUUGGCAACAUCCCUCCGACCUAUGAGCUCUGCCUCAAAGCCCGCUGA